AUGUCAGAUACAAUCGAAGAUGAUGUUGCAGGUGAUCAAUCGACACCACAAUCAACAGGCGUACCAACAUCACCAACACAAUCUACAUCAACAACAGCAGUAAAAGAUUCAGUUAUUAUAUAUUUUAAGAAUGCAGGUAGUGCACCGGCGUUAAAACAAAAGAAAUUCAAACUUCAGUCUACUAUUAACUUCCAAGCUGUCAUUGAUAAUCUUCGAAAGCAAUUGAAAAUGAAACCAAACGAACCAUUAUUUUUAUUUGUAAAUCAAGUAUUUCAACCAUCUCCUGAUGAAUGUUUAGGUGAACUAUUUAAAUGUUUUAGUUAUAACGAUCAAUUAGUGAUAAACUAUUCGAAUGCACCUGCAUGGGGAUAG